CUGGUUGUCAACUUUUAUAUCGAAAUGAACCAAUAUUCUUAUGAUCCGGAUCAGAAAAUCCCACAAGACCAGGGGUACAACCUGCCAAAUUACUUUCAGCCAUCUAAUGCGUUUCCUCAAACUCCGAAUUAUGCCUUCAACUAUGCCCCGGAAGUAUAUUCCGGGGUUAAUGCAAAUCCCUCUAUGCCCAACCAACCAUUUAAUGCCCCCGACAGCCAACCUUUCGCUGGCCAACUUGUGAAAAACGUGGCUUUACAUUAUGGUUCAGAAGCGAUUGAUCAAAGCAGACAGCUGAUGCAGCAAAAAGUAGAGAGAUUUAUUUCUAUCUCAAAGCUGAAGUAUUACUUUGCUGUUGACAAUGGUUACGUGGCGAAGAAGCUUUCGGUUCUCAUGUUCCCCUUCUUCCAUCGCUCUUGGGACCUGAAGUACGAUUCUGCUGGACCAGUUCCUCCUCGCGCUGACCUCAAUUCUCCAGAUCUCUACAUCCCGAUAAUGGCGUUUUUGACUUACGUCCUUGUCGCUGGCGUGGCACUUGGUGUAGACGGAAGAUUUUCGCCGGAGUCUCUAAGCAUAUUCUCUAGCCAGUCUCUCGGUUGGCUGGUUUUAGAAGUGUGUAUCCUCACUUUUGCGCUUUACCUCCUGAACAUCCAGUCUAAUCUGGGCUAUCUUGACAUCCUCGCAUAUAGUGGCUACAAGUUUGUUCACAUGAUAACCGUGAUCUUUGCCUUCCUGGUUCUUGCAAAACCGGGUUACUACUUUUCGCUCAUUUGGACUGGACUGGCUUUUGCUUUCUUUCAGGUGAGCCUUUCGACCAAUAUAACAGUUUGUCGUCCUUCAGUUGCCGGUUUUUCGCAACGCCACUCGCCUCACACUAUGAUGGACUUCAGUUUCUUGAUCUUAUAUGGAACUUUAAUCUUCGGUUGA